CUGUGAAUCAGUGCUCGGACUCUGAGCUCGACUCGUUUUCCCGGAGAGCGCGUGACCGUCUGUACGCGCGCGCCCGGUGUCGUGUUUACGGGGCUGCGCUUAGCCGAGCCGCGCGUUCCCAUGAUCUUAGCGCGUUAUGCUCGCGCGUCUUUGGUUUAUAUCGCUUCUUAACGCGUCGGUAUCGCGCCGGUAACGCGAUGUAUCGCUCGCUGUUCUCCUUCAGCUCUGCGGAGCGGAACGCGCUGCGCUUCCCCGCGGGAGAGUGCUUCCUCGUGCUCGAGCGCAGUAGCGCGCACUGGUGGCUCGCGACGCGCUGCAGCUCCGGAGAGACGGGGUACGUCCCCGCCGCGUACAUCGAGAAGAUACCGGCUCCGGAGCAGGACGAGGUUCUGCAGUCUAUUGAUCGAGCCAUUGAAGCCAUCCACAACGUGGCCAUGACCAACGGAGGCAAAUACAACCUGGAGCAGAGAGACAUCCUGCAGAAGUUGAUCCAUCACAGGAAGGAGACUCUGUCCCGCCGAAGCCCGACCCCAUCGGGUCACCAGCAGAAGAUCCCAUCAUCCUCCAGCGAGGUGUCUCUGAGCCGCCCUCCACCCAACGGUCUGAGCCGAGCCUACAGCUGUGAGCCGGCGUCCCAGCGUCCCGCUAGUGUUCCUGGACUCUAUCAGGUUCCUCCUCAGCCUCGAAGAGCAGCGCCUGAGACUCCGCCUCCUCCAGAGAAACAUCGUGAAUCACGACGCAAUGAUCCGGAAGUGCCACUCAGAGUCUCCUCCACAAGCCCCGCCCCCAGCCCCGCCCCUCCCACUGGACCCUCUCUGUCUGUCAGCUCCGCCUCUUUAGACUCCAGCUCCUCCCAGUCGGGCAUCUCCUCAGUCAGUCUUCCCAGUGUCAGCAGCACUCCGCCCCCUGUGCCAAAACGAGGCAAGGCUCCGCCCCCACCUAUCCCUGACCGAUCCCCUCAGGAAGAGCCUUUGAAAAAGAGCUCACCGGCCCCCCCCCCCAUCCCUGACCACUCCCCUUCUCAUGACUCUUUUACGAAGAAGCCGGCCCCUGAGCCAAUCCAUAAACAGCCUGUCGCCGAGCACCAAUCGGAUGCAGAGUGGCCGCUGGCCCCGCCCCCCCUCUCUCUCAGCCCUCCCGGGAGCCCCGCUUCAUCUGCAGCCGUUCCCGUGACAAUCGGAGCGGAACUAAUCGAGCUUGUGCGUAAGAACACGGGCCUUAGUUACGAGCUGUCGCGGGUUGCCGUGGGCGUGGUGGUGGGUCACCUGCAGAGCGCGCUGCCGAGGGCGACUGCGGAUCUGGAGCAGGUGCUACUGUCGCUGGUGGAGAGUAAGGAUCUGGGCGCAGCUCUGCCGCUAGGACAGGUGUGUCACGACGAGCAGCGGCUGCAGGUGAUCUUUAGUGAUCUGGCCCGUCACCGUGACGACUCGCAGCAGCGCAGCUGGGCUCUGUACGAAGAUCACGCGCUCAUCGCAUGUUACCUGGAGGAGCUACUGCAGAUACUGACCGACGCUGAUCCUGAGGUGUGUAAGAAGAUGUGUCGCCUGAACGAGUACGAGGCGGUUCUGUCGCUGGUCUCCUAUUAUCAGAUGGAGCACCGCGUGUCUCUGCGGCUGCUGCUGCUGAAGGUGUUCGGGGCGAUGUGUGGUCUGGACGCAGCUCUGAUCUCCACCCUCCUGAACUCCGUCCUGAGCAUGGAGCUGGCGAGGGACCUGCAGACGGACACUCAGGAGCAUGAGAAGAUGUGCUACAGCGGGCUGCUGAUGGCCAUGAUCUUCUGCAGGGGCGAGCAGAUCCCCCUUCAUCACUACGAGCAUCUCAACAGCGCUUUCCUGCGGUUCCUGCUGGACGUGAUCGAGGACGGCUUGCCCUCCGACCCCACAGAGCAGCUGCCGGACCUCUUCAUCAACCUGCUGCUGGCCUUCAACCUGCACCUGAGCGCACCGGAGAGCAACAUGGUGAUGCAGACGCUGGUCAAAAGACACAACGUGAAGAUUCUCACGGAGAAGCUCUUGUUACUGCUUAACAGAGGAGAGGACCCAGUGUGUGUGUUUGAUCACGCUCCUCCCGUGCCGCACUCAGUGCUCAAGUUCCUGCAGGAUGUGUUCUCCAGUCGAGACACGGCUGAUAUCUUCUACCGCACCGACCUGAUGGUGAUGAUCGACAUCGCAGUGAGGCAGAUCUCAGACCUGUCUCCCGGGGAUAAAAUGCGGAUGGAGUAUCUCUCUCUCAUGCUGGCCAUCAUGCGCUCCACUGACUAUCUGGAGCACCGGCACCGGCUGAGCGACCUGCAGGCGGCGCUGCAGAGGAUCCUGGGAGAAGAGGAGGAUUGUGGGGAAGAUCAGGGCUCCAGCAGAGCCAUGGACAAACUCAUCGUGCAGCAGAUCUACCAGGAGUUUCCUCAGAUCUCCAGAAGCUGAUUAACCCUGGCUAGUCUGACAGCGGCUAGCGCUAGCGCUCCAGCUCCAGCACAGUUCCUCCGCUAACUCGCUUCAGCUUUCCCCGCCGUCCCAGCAGCUCUCAGUACUCGUGCGUCUAGCACACUAAACACUCAGCUUUGUGCUAAACCCAUCUGUUUUUCCUUAGUUUUUGUUCAGAAGGGAAACGGUGAAAAUAUAUUUUCUUAACGUUGACACACUAAUAAAAUGCUGCCAUCCUAAUGCCCCUAAAAUAUGUGUCUGUGUUGUAUGUGACCGAAACGGACUGUUAAUAGCCAUAGAGUUACACACUUAACCCAUUUAACCCUAGAGACGCUUUUCAUUUAUGAAGCUGUGAAAUCCUUACUAACUUGCUUUAAGGCACUUCCUGCAAAUACAGGAAAGAUUUAAAGGGUCUCAAUGAAAUACGUUUCACACGAUUAGUAACUGCAAAACAUGUGGACGGCUGGGUUAACAGUGAAUGUAGGUUUACAAAUAAAUCCAGAUGCAGCUAUUAGUGAAAAACUGCAUUUAAAUAAUACAAUCACAAAAUAUUGCACUAAGUGAAAUGUUCAAAAGAUGUUACAAAACUGAUGUAACACUGGUACCACUUUCAUGACGUUACAAUAAACAUAACAAUGUUGAAAUA